UUAUUAUAUUUCCGUUGACGAUGUUACCUGAAUGUGAACGAUUAUCUUGGGUUUGUGUCUGGGAAUAAUUACAAAUCUAAACUACAUUGGUCGAGCCUACAUAGAUGUGCUCAGUAUAAACGUUGUGGUGAAUAUUUAAGUAUUUAUAAAUGGCAGCUCCUGACACUAGAACUGGGUUAGAAUCAUCAUCUACGGAAGACUCGAACGUAGAAGCCGAUCAGCUCUUACACGGACCACCAAGUGAUCGCUUGAACCGAAUUUGCAACAGUCAGGCCGACUCAAAUCCGGAGCCGAAGUUUCUUCUUACAGAACACCAGAGAGGCGGGCAGCUGGACGUUGAAACCGAAACAAGUCGUGCAGAACUAUCCGGAGUGAAGGCGUUUACAAACCUCAUAGUUUUGACCUUUGCAUUAACAUUAAAUUUUUCGGCUUUUCACUCGUUCCAGGCAUUGCAAAGUUCAUUGAAUAUUGCUGAAGGAUUAGGAACAACAGGUCUAUCAGUUCUAUAUGGAACGAUGGUGCUCACUAGUUUAUUCUUUGCUCAGUUGACACUUGUACGAUAUAGCUAUAAAUGGAUCAUGGUCAUAUCCAGCCUGUCAUAUACUGCGUUCAUGGCUACCGGUUUUUACCCAGCAUGGUCAACAGUUAUUCCGGCGUCACUGCUGAUUGGAUUUGGCGAACGCUGUCAUUACCGAAAGGUUAUUGAAGGUGCUGCUCAUCUCUGGCCGUCCCAGCAAAACUACCUGACCAACCUUGCUACUUCCUAUGCUGCCUUUAGACACAAAAACGUCAAACAGAUGGUUCAUUUUUUCACCGGGAUAUAUUUUGGAAUUUUCUAUACUAGUUUUAUUUGGGGCAACCUGUUUGCGUCGCUGGUCUUCAGACGAGAAACUGAAAAUAAAUCGACAUCCUUACAUUUCUGCGGAUCCGAGUUUUGUUCGUUUGGAUCUCAAGCGGUUGAUGAUAUUCAAUUACCUAACGCAGCAAAGGCGUUCGUAAGCUGUGCUUAUGGUGUACAAAAUGUAUGCCUGGUGGUCAUCACAUUUGGAGUUGCCACGACACUUUGCAAAUUUACCAUUGGAAAAGUAUCCAAGUUUACCGGACUAUACAUAAUCAUCUGUAUAUCAAGUAUUAUUUCCCUGACGGUGAUGGUUAGUUUGCUUCUAUGGCAACCGAGCAGAGAGGGUCUUCCUGUCGUCUUCGUUCUUGCUGGUUUGUACGGUCUGGCUUCGGCGGGGAACGAACCGUUAUUGAUAAUGUUAUACAGUACCCUGUUCAAAGAUUCUACAACAUCGGCUCUGUCCAGCUAUCGCGCCAUGUCUUCGCUUGGCUGGGCCGUCUCCUUUGGUUACAGCAAUUGGUUGUGCAUGAGACACAAGCUAUAUAUUGUUAUCACCAUGUUGUCUUUGUCCUAUUUAUGCCUAAGUGUCCUGUUCUUAAGACACAGAACUAUGGAUAAUGUGUGUAGAAAAUUAACAUGUACCAGAUUGAAAAGAACAGAUAAAAGAGAUGAUACAGAUACAUGAAGAAAACAGUUCCAGUGUCUGUCUGAUUGUUGGUUGAACUUGAUCGUUAAAAGUUUUCUUUUUGUAGACGAUAUCAUGUUGUAA